CCGGGAUGAGUUCCAUCUCCCCUCAGUUGGGUCAGGCAUUUAUCCCACUCCUGAAUGUUCAGGUUUGUCACCUGCCAGAGAAGAGGAGAAGCGAAAGGAAGUUUUUACUCCCGGGCAAAUAAACUGCAGAAUUCUUGUUUCCCGGAACCGGAUACUAGCUUCCCGGCGGAGUUGGGAGAGCGAACACCCUGGGGCAAGAUGGCGGUCGGUCUUUUGCCGGUGCCCCGGGUCUGGCAGAACUCGGGGAUAUUGGGCUGAGGCGGUGGGAGCUGCAGCCCGGACCCCGAGCGCGGGGCCUCGAAUGGAUAAAGGUCUAUAGCCUGCCGAGUUUGUGCAAGUUUGCAAACAUGUUCACUGUGUCUCAGACCUCGAGAGCAUGGUUUAUCGACAGAACCCGGCAGGCACGAGAAGAAAGACUGGUUCAGAAGGAGCGGGAGCGUGCAGCCGUGGAUAUCCAGGCUCAUGUCCGGAGUUUCCUGUGUCGGCACCGACUGCAUAGAGACAUCAGGAGAGAGAUUGAUGAGUUUUUAAAAGACGAUGACUCGGGGUCCAGUAAAAGAAGUGCACUUUGUAUUUUCAAGACUGCCAGGAAACUGCUCUUCUUAUUCAAGAUUAAAGAGGACAAUGAGAGAUUUGAAAAGUUGUGUCGUUGCAUCUUGAGCAGCAUGGAUGCCGAGAACGAACCAAAGGUGUGGUACGUGUCCCUGGCUCUUUCCAAGGAUCUUACUCUCCUGUGGAUUAAACAGAUCAAGUCUAUUCUGUGGUAUUGCUGUGAGUUUCUUGAGCAGCUCAAGCCUGAAAUCUUACAAGACUCCAAACUCAUCACACUGUACCUUACCAUGCUUGUCACCUUCACAGAUGCUUCCACGUGGAAAAUUCUCCGAGGCAAAGGUGAGAGCCUUCGACCUGCCAUGAACCACAUUUGUGCAAAUAUAAUGGGACAUCUCAACCAGCACGGAUUUUAUUCUGUGUUGCGGGUAUUGUUGACCCGAGGCCUGGCCAGAUCCCGGCCUUGUCUGUCCAAAGGCACUUUAACAGCGGCCUUUUCUCUAGCAUUGCGCCCUGUGAUUGCUGCACAGUUUUCAGACAAUCUGAUUCGGCCAUUUCUCAUCCACAUCCUGUCUGUGCCUGCUCUCGUGACUCAUCUCAGUACAGUGACCCCUGAGCGUCUCACUGUUUUAGAAUCUCAUGACACGCUUCGUAAAUUCAUCCUGUUUUUAAGAGAUGCAGAUCGAUGCCAUGACAUAUGUGAAAAUUUAGAAGGCUGCCAUACGCUCUGUCUGAUGGGCAACAUUCUACAGUUGGGCUCCCUCAGCCCCCAAGUGUUAGAGGAGGAGACAGAUGGGUUUGUGAGCUUGCUCACCCGGAUGCUGUGCUACUGUCAGAAGUACGUGUCCCAGAAGAAAUCCAACCUGACCCACUGGCACCCUGUCCUCGGCUGGUUCUCCCAGUCUGUGGAUUAUGGCCUCAACGAGUCAAUGUACUUGAUCACCAAACAGCUGCAGUUCCUGUGGGGAGUGUCUCUCAUCCGAACCUUCUUCAGUGACAUCCUCAGUAAGAAGCUGCUGGAACACCAGGAGCCAGCCCCUGCGCAGCCGGCAUCCCCACAGAAUGUGCUUCCAGUGAAGAGUCUCCUCAGGCGAGCAUUUCAGAAGUCUGCUUCCGUCCGGAAUAUCCUCAGGCCUGUGGGGGGCAAGCGAGUGGACUCUGCAGAGGUCCAGAAGGUUUGCAGCAUUUGUGUCCUCUACCAGACCUCACUGACGACUCUGACCCAGAUCCGCCUGCAGAUUCUCACAGGUCUCACUUACCUUGAUGACCUGCUGCCCAAACUAUGGGCUUUUAUCUGUGAGCUGGGGCCCCACGGAGGGUUAAAGCUCUUCUUGGAAUGCCUGAACAAUGACACUGAGGAGUCCAAGCAGCUCUUGGCCAUGCUGAUGCUGUUCUGUGACUGUUCCCGGCACCUCAUCACGAUCCUUGAUGACAUUGAAGUUUAUGAAGAACAAAUUUCAUUCAAACUGGAAGAGCUGGUCACCAUAUCCUCCUUUCUGAAUUCCUUUGUGUUCAAGAUGAUCUGGGAUGGAAUUGUAGAGAAUGCCAAGGGUGAGACUUUGGAGCUGUUCCAGUCUGUCCAUGGGUGGCUGAUGGUACUGUAUGAGCGGGACUGCAGGAGGCGCUUUGCUCCUGAGGACCACUGGCUGAGAAAGGAUCUCAAACCUAGUGUGCUCUUCCAAGAACUUGACAAGGACCGGAAACGUGCCCAAUUGAUCCUACAGUACAUCCCUCAUGUCAUUCCUCACAAAAACAGAGUUCUCCUAUUCCGAAACAUGGUUACCAAGGAGAAAGAAAAACUGGGGCUUGUGGAAACCAGCUCUGCCUCCCCUCACGUCACUCACAUUACUAUCCGACGGUCCCGGAUGUUGGAGGAUGGCUAUGAGCAGCUGCGGCAGCUCUCCCAGCAUGCUAUGAAGGGCGUGAUCCGGGUAAAGUUCGUUAAUGACCUUGGAGUAGAUGAGGCGGGGAUUGAUCAGGACGGCGUGUUCAAGGAGUUCUUGGAAGAGAUGAUCAAGAGGGUGUUCGACCCCGCACUCAAUCUGUUCAAGACAACCAGUGGAGAUGAGCGGCUGUACCCCUCGCCCACGUCCUACAUUCACGAGAAUUACCUGCAGCUCUUCGAGUUCGUGGGGAAGAUGCUGGGGAAGGCUGUGUAUGAGGGAAUUGUGGUGGAUGUGCCCUUCGCCUCUUUCUUCCUGAGCCAGCUACUUGGGCACCACCACAGCAUCUUCUAUAGCUCCGUGGAUGAGCUUCCUUCUCUGGACUCAGAGUUCUAUAAAAACCUUACAUCCAUCAAGCGCUAUGACGGGGACAUCGCUGACCUGGGCCUGACACUGUCUUACGAUGAGGACGUCAUGGGUCAGCUUGUUUGCCAUGAACUGAUUCCUGGAGGGAAGACCAUUCCUGUUACAAAUGAAAAUAAAAUUAGCUACAUUCAUCUGAUGGCGCAUUUUCGAAUGCACACGCAAAUAAAAAAUCAGACAGCUGCCCUCAUUAGCGGAUUCCGUUCCAUCAUCAAACCCGAAUGGAUCCGAAUGUUCUCAACACCUGAGCUGCAGCGUCUCAUCUCUGGUGACAAUGCUGAGAUUGAUCUGGACGAUUUAAAGAAGCACACGAUAUACUACGGUGGCUUUCAUGGGAGUCACAGAGUCAUCAUCUGGCUCUGGGAUAUUCUGGCCUCAGACUUCACACCUGAAGAGCGAGCCAUGUUUCUGAAGUUUGUGACCAGCUGCUCCAGGCCUCCACUCCUGGGAUUCGCCUACCUCAAGCCGCCGUUCUCCAUCCGCUGUGUGGAAGUGUCGGAUGAUCAGGACACCGGGGACACCCUGGGCAGCGUCCUCCGGGGCUUCUUCACCAUUCGCAAGCGGGAGCCAGGUGGCCGUCUGCCCACCUCCUCUACCUGCUUCAAUCUGCUCAAGCUGCCCAACUACAGCAAGAAAAGCGUCCUCCGGGAGAAGCUACGCUACGCCAUCAGCAUGAACACAGGCUUCGAGCUGUCCUAGCUCUGCUCUGCCCCGUCCACAUGCCCUCUGGGGCUCCUAGUGGUAGCUUGCCCUGGGUGCGUGGCCAACAUGCCAGGGGACAUUGGUGCACAGCCCCUCUCUAUAGCCAUGAGACUCCCCUGUGGCCUCAAGGACCUUAGAUGCACGUGGCGGCACUACACAGCCUUCUCCGGGUGAUGCCAGUUGGGAGUGUUGAUAAUAAACCUCCAGGUUCUACCCACAUCGGUCCUUUUCUCCCACUUUCCAGUGGCCUAGAGCCCAGGCCUGGCAAAUAUAAAGAGGCCACUUUUGAAUAACGGGCUUGUGAGCUGUGUAUGAACAAGUCCCAGGAGCCCCAGGAGCCUAGAGUUGUUCCAUGGCGUGGGUCUGAGCGCACGAAGCCUUCUACACAUGGAUCCUCUCCUUCCGUUCUGAAAACUCUUCACUCAGGUAAGGCCUCACCAAGCCUCUAUGCACCCGACAAAGUCUCUGCCUCCGUCCCAUCCACAGCAGCCUGUUCAGGCAGCCAGGCCCAGCUGCUGCCCAGAGAAGCCGUGGAGCACCAGAAGUUCAGGGCACAGCUCCCACUGCAAAGCCGCAGCCUCCUUUCUGAGUCCUCGGCAGGCUGAGCUUCCCAGGAGACCUCACCAGCUGAUCCUGUCCCAUGCAUCCACAUUGGUAUCUGGUUUGGGAGAAGAGCUCACUGUUUCCAAGGAGCAGCUACAGUUCUAGCUGCACUGACUGCUACCCAGAGCGGCAACUCCCUUUUGCUCGGCACAUUGCCCUGCUCAUCUGUUGAGGGAAUAAACACGAACCUAAGGUACCUAUCCUAUCUGGACUCCGUGAAUCUUGGGGCUUCCUGCCCUGCCCUCAGCACAGGGCCCCUGGGAGCCCUUUGCACUGACCAACUCAGGAGGCCGAGGAGACCUGCGAGUACCCCUCCCCGCCUCUUUGGCUUGUUGCAUUUUUACCCCAUUCCCCCUUCCGGCCUGUUGUGCUUCUCGGCAUCUGUUUUCCCCUUUCAGGGAAGUUUUGUCCAGAUCUAGGGAAUUGAGACAGGGACCCUGUUAGUGGUCUUGGUGACAGCCACCCUCCCGACUUCACGCACCUCGUGUAUCCCCACCCAGACGAAGCUGGGAGUACCUGCUCCCCCUCCACUCUGCCACAGGCUUCGGCUUACAGCUCUCUUCAAGGCCACGCCUUCCAGCGAGAGCCUUCCUGUUGGCACCAAAGCAAGCGCGAGCAGUCGGCCACCCUCAUCAGAGGGCUUCGGCUGGAUCCAAGUACGGGCCAGGGCCAGGGCCCUUCGACUUCUGAAAGUGUGUGCUUUACAGUGAUGGAAAGAAGAUGGAUUUAAAGACAGGAAGUGAAUGUUAAGAUGUAUUAGCCCUGCUUCUGUGGACUUGCCACAUUCUUUAAGCACUUGACUUCUUUAAAGAUCUGUAUGACCACGGUGUACACAGACUGCAUAGAUGCUGAUGGCCCGCAUGAAGGUGGAUCCCAUCUUGAUUUUUCUUUCCUGAGAAGGGGAGCCAGUGAGGACCUGGUGGGGAGUGUUUUAUAAGCACCAAUAUCAACUUUACUGGAUUCUUGUCUUGACCAGGAGGGGUAGUUUAUAGUCACAGCGGCUGUGAUAUUGCACUAUCUAAAACACUGAGUUUGUACUUUUAUAGCUGGUGUUCAUUGACACCGUGAUGGCUCUUGAUGGCUCUAAAAAGUUGUGGGGGUUUUGUUUUGGUAGAUAACUUAUGAAUUAAGAUACAUCAGAGGCUUUAUUAAAUUUGUA